GCUCGACGAAGCUUGGUUUUUGCAAAACAUUUGAGGAAAAUUGAGGACAAAUUCAGGCAGGAAAUUUUAAAUUCAGACGAUGAGAAGGACUCAACUGUGACGAAGAAAGACUGGCGUAAAACAAGGAGAAGGAAGGCAGUGCUGUGGGAGGACCAUACCUUGCUGUUCAUCUCAGACGUGCGGACUUCCUCUAUGCAAGGAAAAACUUCGUUCCAACAUUAG